AGCUCUAAAAACAGAAUGGAUCCUGGUAAGGAACUCAAAGAAGAACUACGACUUUAUCAAUCAACUCUUCUUGCAAGAUGGUUUAAAGAGCUACUUGAUGAUAAAAAGUUUGUUGAUUGUUACUUAAAGGUUGGUGACAAAAGUAUCCCUUGCCACAGAUUAAUUCUCGCAGCAUGCAGCCCAUAUUUCCGGGAGUUCUUUUUAUCUGAUGAAAAUGAGGAGAAGAAAAAAAAUGUGGCAUUAGACAAUGUUGAUCCAGAUGUAAUGGAAUCCAUUCUUAAAUAUCUAUACUCUGCUGAUAUUGAUCUGAAUGACUCAAACGUGCAGGAUAUUUUUGUUGCCAGUCGUUUUCAGAUCCCUUCUGUCCUCACUGUAUGUGUUCACUUAUCUUCAGAGAGACUGUCCCCUGUUAAUUUGUUUGGGCUUAUCUUUAGAUUAGGUCUUCUUCUGGACUGUCCAAGACUUGCAAUAACUGCCCGUGAUUAUAUUUGUGAUCGAUUUGAGCAGAUUUGCAAAGAAGAUGAUUUUCUACAACUUGCUCCACAUGAGCUCAUUGCUGUCAUUUCCAGUGAUGCCUUAAACGCAGAGAAAGAAGAAACAGUGUUUGAAUAUGUCAUGAAAUGUUCAAACGGACAAAGAGAACAAAGUCAAGAGUUUAGAGAUAUCUUUGACUGCAUUCGAUUCCGCUUGAUGCCUGAAAAAUAUUUCAAAGAACACGUUGAGAAAAAUGACCUGAUCAAAGGCAAUCCUGAUUUACUUAAAAAAGUUAAAGUUAUAAAAGAUGCCUUUACAGGAAAUACUACCUGAAGCUAAAGAGAAUCAGGGGAAGCAGCAGAUGGUGAUGUUGGGGAUGAAGAUUUACUUCCUGGAUACCUGAACGACAUUCCCAGGGCAUGGGGAUGUUUGUCAAAGAUUUAGUUUAUUUUGGUCAGUGACACAGCCACUGUGGCCUAUGAUCCUCUGGAAAACGAAUGCUUUCUAGUAGCAUUGUCUGAGCAGAUUCCAAGAAACCAUUCAGCAUAGUUUACUAAAUCAAACCUAGUCUUUGUUAUCGGAGGCCUGUAUGUUGAUGAAGAAAGCAAAGACCAACCUCUACAGUCAUAUUUCUUCCAGCUUGACAGCAUUGCUGGUGAAUGGAUUGGACUCCCACCACUACCUUCAGCCAGAUGUCUAUUUGGCCUUGGAGAGGCAGAUAACUGUGUCUAUGCCAUUGGUGGCAAGGAUCUGCAGUCUGAGGAGUCAUUGGAUUCUGUGUUGUGCUAUGAUUCUAAAGCUGUGGCUUGGACAGAAGUGAAAAAACUGCCCAUCAAGGUCUAUGGCCAUUGUGUAGUGUCAUACAAUGGCCUCGUCUAUUGUAUUGGAGGAAAAACAGAUGACAAGAAAUGUACUGGGAGAUUGUUUGUAUUUAACCCAAAGAAAGGAGACUGGAAGGACCUUCCUCCCAUGAGAACGCCCCGUUCUAUGUUUGGGGCAACUGUUCAUAAGGGCAAGAUCUUUGUUGCUGGUGGAGUCACAGAAGAAGGUUUGACUGCAUCAGUUGAAGCCUUUGAUAUUACCAGCAACAAAUGGGAGAAUAUGCCUGAAUUCCCUCAGGAAAGAAGCUCUAUUAACAUGGUCAGUCUGGCUGGAUCUCUGUAUGCCAUAGGAGGAUUUGCUAUGCUCCAACUUGAAUCCAAGGAGUUUGCACCUUCUGAAACCACUGAUGUCUGGAAGUUUGAAGACGAUAAGGAAUGGAGCGGGAUGCUGAAAGAGCUUCGGUACGCCUCUGGGGCCACUUGCCUUGAAAGUCGCCUUAAUCUUUUUAAAUUGACAAAGUUAUAAGUGCUUAAUGUAAAUUAAAGUUUAAAACUUCAUAGUUGUUUUUUUUUCUUUUUGAUCAAUGCUUGUUUAAAAAUAGACAUUUAAAACUUGUACAGAAAUGAAUUGUUAAAUUAAUAAACAUUUUAAAUAUCUACAGUUUACUACUAAUUUCUUAUGGCAGUUACUGUGAUAAUCCUAACAUCAAACUCUGAUGGAACAUUGAGUAUUAAUAUGACCCAGACAUACAUUAUAGAGCUGAUUAAAACGGGCAUAAAAACAUGAUCAAAUAUUAAAAAAAUGUUUUAAAGAAA